AUGAUUCACCCCAGCGGACUGGGACUCGCAGUCGUGAGCGCCUGGGUACACUGGCCGGCGGGUUUCAUUUUAGAGGGACAAGUGCGUCGAACACGCACCUCAGUGCAGAUGCAGCACGGAUGCGGAGUGCUCGUCUGGAUCCGGGGCGCAGGGCUGCUGAACAACAACGGGACACCGCUGCACGAGCUGUUGCCCGUCAAGACCCGGACUACAGGGCUGCAGAGCAACUGCGCCGCCAAAAUCCGGAGCGCAGGGCUGCGGAGCAACUGCGCCGCCAAAAUCCGGAGCGCAGGGCUGCAGAACAGCAGCGUAACACCGCUGCACACGCACAGGCCCGUGAUCAGGCGAUUCCAGAAGGGCGCGUGCAGGAUUUGUCCGGUGGUCAACUUCCGGUGGAGCGACAGGUACCAUACGAAACACACCUGCAGCUUGCUAGCAGCAUGGCCGCUGCACUGCGUCGGCGCAUGCCUUCACGGGUGUGUGCCGUCUGCUCGGAGCAGUGUUCUGAAGACCAGUCGGCGCUUCAUGCUUGGGUGGACAUCCCCAACGUUGAUAUCCUACGUGCUGACAUCAUGUGCACUGCUGCCGUACCGCGUCAUGCGCGUACCCUGGCUUGGCGGCGCAUGCCCUGCACCGCCCAAGGUGCUGCACCACCACCGCCGGAUCCGGUUUUACCAGCACGGUAUCGUAUCAGCAGAUCCGAGCGUGGCAGUAGUGCUGACGCCGGCGCUGACGCCGAUCCAGCGGCAUUCGUGGAUGAAGAUGCGUUGGCGGUUGACAGUGAUGGUGCAGGUCAUGGGGCUAAUGAGCCGGAUUCACCGGCAGGUGUUGGUGGAGCAGUUGUUUGGCUUUGCACCUGGAGCAAUGCGGCAGACUGACCCUAACUGCUUCUGUGGGGUCGUAUUCGAGGUAGUCGUCAAGGUUGAACAGAGCGGGCGAUUGGCGCUACACUUGCAUGGAGUCGCACACCUCGAGUGCUUCGCACUGGACAACCUUCAGGCGUUAUUCUGUGGACCCAACUGCCGAGCUCUGGCGCUUGCAUACGCGCUGUGCGAAAUGUGGUACCCCUCCCCAUACUAUGCUCCGACACCGGACAGCGGGACACAGCCUCUGGUCAUGGGUAUGUCUGAUGCGGAAGCGCAGCAGCACGGUCUACCCGUGCCAGCAGUGCAGGCGGACUGCCCACCUGCAGCAUACAACUUCGAACGACUGGCGGGGUGUGCAAACGGCGGACUGCCACCUCCAUCGCGACAUACCGCCUGCCGUGCCCAUCACGCUGCCGUCAUACGCAGUACCCUCACCCACAGCCACAGUUCGACGUGCAAGCGGCAUGGCUGCCGCGGUACCGAUGACAGCUGCGGCAUGGCCUUUCCCCGACUCAUCCGCACAGCCUUUCAAUGGAUCGGUACCACCGGCCUAUUCUUGCUGCCCCGCCUGGCACCCAACCUCGUGCCACACAUGCCUGCCAUUGCCCUCGCCUUCGGCUGCAAUCAUUUGAUGUCCCUGGCCUGCGAAGUCGACCGGGAGUACACAGCUGACAUCGCUGCCCAACUAGCGCGUCCUCCCAACGAACACGAUGACUGCUCCCUCCUACAGCCCGCCAUCGACCGCGCCCGUGACGCCGCGUACUACAGCUCUAAGUACACUGCAAAGACGAUUGAACGCAGCCAGGUGCACCUCACAUGUGCCGCCGUGGGCCGUGUACAGGACUUCAUGAUGGCAGGUCACCGACCCAGCGCCACCGGUGAUGGACCCAGCACGUUCGGCAACCUGUGUACCGUGGUGCACCGCAUGACGGCCACUAUCACGGCUGGCAUGGCACUGGUCGCCUUCAAACUGUCAGGCCACGAUACGUUCCAAGCAACCUACAAACGCAACUACCUACCGAUAGGUGCCUUCACUGCACUGGCGUCCGAAUCCGCCGUAGAACCAGAAGACGCGGAAACUGGUGUGGAGCUUGUAGAGGCGGACGAGCAUGGCGACUACACCCUCACCAGCGUCGUACAGAACUACACGCAGCGUGGAGUGGAGCUGAGCGGCUUGGACUGCAGCGCCUACAGCAUCGCAUCCAACUUCGAGGUGAAACGUAUAACGCCCGCGCAGCACCCCCAUGCUGCCAUCCUCAGUGCCCAAGUCCUCCCUGUACCUGGCCGCCGCAAGCGCAAAGCCCCUGGCGCCGCUAUGACCCCUACUACUGACGCACCUCCCACCCCAUCUGGCACCCAGCCCACCGCCGCUAUGGCGUCCCCUGCGCCAGCUGGCCCAUCUGCAGAACAGCUGCCCACGAGCCCGAUGUCGACCAUACCUCCCAAGAAUGUGGCCUUCCAACCAACGCACCCGCUGUAUCUGACACACGUUCUUCAUCGCCUGGCGCAGCCGAGGUACGUUCUGCUGGGCGGUGCGCUGCCCCGCCGCCCGCAAGAAGGCAGCACCACCGCAGCCGCCGUCGCCUACUACGCAUUUGUCUUAGGCAUCUUCAAGGCUCACCGCGGCCAACCGGUGGCUGCCGAUCAGACGGUGAAAGAGGCGUACGAUGCAUGGUGGAUGGACCUGGGAUCCACCGAGGCAGGCCGAUCGUACAGAGCCUGUGUAAGUGUCCUGCUAGACAACAUCGAAGCAGAGCACCUCGCCAGCGCCCGGCGCCAGGCCGACUACAACUUGCGACGCCGCCAGCGCCGCGCCACUGCUGCAACUGCCGGUCUGGCCCCGGACAACAGUUCCAGCGACCCGGAUGAUGACGACCCGGAAGCUGCACGAGGCCGCCUCGAACCCGACCCCGCCACACAGCCGCCGCAAGAUGAUCAGGUCGAACGGUACGACUUUGUACCAGGCCAAGGCGACCCGACGCUAGGAAUCAACCUGUCCGAUGUCGCCCUGACGGACCUGUAUGACCGCACCACAGUGGAGGGCCUGUACACAUACGGUGCAGCUCGGCGUUGCCGUGUACUUCCUCUUCCCAAUGCCCUCGGUGCCAACACCAACCCCUUCAUCCGCCGUGUACGCACCACUGACAUCCCGCUGCUGAGCGAGGCUUCCAAGCGCCUGAAGCGCUACCUAGUCAUCUCCGAAGGCACCGCCACCAUGCCGACCACGACGGACCACACCCCCCAUCUUCGUUUGGAUCGCCACCCCGGCUACCCCCUCGUAGCGGUCAUCGUGACCGACACCCAGCAAACCAACCAUAUCACAGCGGGAAUGCCAACUUACCUACGUCUACCACAGCCACCGAGCAUCGACGACACCAUCGAGCUCUUUACCCUGGCGCCGGAUCAGGCCUCGUUCAAGGCCACCGCAAUCACGCGACCUGGCAGCUGGACCAGGCUCGCAGCCGCGGCGCGUCGGUUUGCGUUGCUCUAUAGUAUCGACCCACCGGACGCCAAGCGUCAGAGGCUGGACACGGCUGCGUCCCAGAGCAGCACGUCGACGGUCGGCCCUCCCGCCGUCGCCACGGAUUCAAGGAGCGUCACGUUUCAUGUGACGUUUACGGCCGGCCCCACAGAAACGAAUGAGGACCGCCUCUUUGCCGGCGCCCAGAGCCGCUACGGCAGCUUCAUCGCUGGCGUGAAUACCGCCGGCCAGGGGAUAGUAAUUAUGCAGAUUGACGAUGUCAUCCUCGGCAGGCUGGAGAGCAGCCACGCGUUCGGCCACCGCGUGACGUUCGCCAACGUGGAUGCAGCUUCCCUGCCGCCUUUCAUAACUUCUCGUUUCGCUGGGGUGACGGUGGGGCAGUUUAAAGUCUCCUCAGCGACGCGGAUUUCCGUGGAGCCCUCCUCCGCUGUCCCAAUGCUCUACAGCGCCAGGCUUCGGUUCCCCGUUUACGAUGUCGGCAGCGACAGGGCCCGCCCCGAAGACAAGCACGCGUCGGAUGGCAGCGCCCUCCUGCUCAUCCCACACGGCGGGAUGUUCCGGGGCGGGCCGUUCCGCAAGUUUAAGGCGUGGGUCGCGUGCGGCAACGUCGGCUCACUACCGGUCCUCCCGCUCGUCCUCACAAUCGGCAGCCGCAGUUAUCCGGUGUGCACCGACAGCAUCGCCGUCAUGCAACAGUUGCCGAACUACGACGAGUUCUUCGGCAGCGCCAGCUUCGCAGACGAUAAUGAUCGUAUGGCGUACACUGCUUACGACUCGUUCACCGUCACCGGUACCAUCACCACCAAGACAGAAGGGCUGGGUGCAUUCCGUGCACUUGUGGGUUCGACUCCCACACAAGUUGGCGGCGUCCCUCGCAUCUACACUGGUUUGCAUGUGUUGAAGCUGCUGCUCCGGCAAGCCUUCGUGCUGUUCUCUUCGCUGUCCUCCGUUAGGCGCGGCACCGUGGCUUCUGCCAUUCGCCGUGCACUCGACAGGUCAUGCGGUAUGGGCUCUGCUUGGUCGGCAACGAGGGCCCUAUUAACACACCGACGCGACGUACGAGCACCGCAGCAACACGUCGCCACGACGGAUAUCGUGCCAGUACACCGUCCUGUCGCCUACGCGGCGGUGCUGGCUGCUGCCGACCGAGCGACCGUGCAGGCACCACGGCUUCUGCCAUUCACCAUGCACUCGACAGCUAUGACCAACGCACCGAACACCAACACGGCCACACAACGUGGCAGCGAUAUCUCCCGCACGCCUCUGCACGUAUUCUUCUCACACAAUACUCAUCGUGUGGUGUACACUGCUUACAAGAUUGCCGCACUCAACACCAUCCACUGCCUGGUGUACUCACGCGUCAUGACGACAACGAUGCUCCCCUUCGUGCAUCCCUUGCACUUGAUGUUCACGCAGGAGCUGUACAACCUGCACACGUUCCCCUUCGAUGUGGCGGUGAAGAAGUGGCGUGAGGCCGUGGUCAAGGGGCGGUACCGCAUGAACGACUAG